GUCGUUGAUUUACGUAGUCGGAACAUUUCUUUGGAUAUGGGAAGUUUGCGGAAGUAGAUUUGGUGGUGAUAAAGUUGAGAUGAAAUAUGAUCUCUUGCAUUCUGCUCUUUCACCGUAGUGCAAAACUUUACAAUCCACCAGCACCAACAUGUCCGUUUGGGAUGAUUUGGAUUUGCUGUUGGAUUCCCCUUCCUCACUGAGUGUGACAUCCAACACAAGAGGGACUGUGAAGGACAAAGCCAAUUUUAAAGUGGAAGAGGACGUGGCUGCUAUAAGAAAGGCAAUAGAGGGCAUUGGCACCACAGAAAAGACCCUGAUUGAGGUGUUGGCUAAAAGAAGUAACGCUCAGCGUCAGCUUAUUGCUCAAGCCUACGAGAAGGCCACAGGAAGGGCUUUAAUAGCUGACCUGGAGGGCGACACCCAUGGAAACUUUGAGGAUUUGUUGGUGGCCUUAGUAAAACCUCCUUCCGUCUACGACUGCCAUGAGGUCAUCAAAGCCAUUAAGGGCGCAGGGACUACCGAGAGCACACUGACUGAACUAUUUGCAUCGAGAUCCAACAGGCAGAUCAAAGCCAUAUCUGACGUGUACCUGGCAGAGACGGGAAAACUCCUAAUUCACGACCUCAAGUCGGAGGUGUCUGGAGAUUACGGCAAAGCGCUGCUUAUCUUGGCCGAGGGGAAGAGAGACGAGAGCUCCUUUGUGGAUGCAGCCAAGGCCAAAGCAGAUGCCAAAGCUUUGUACGAGGCAGGAGAGAAGAAGUGGGGGACCGACGAGGGCAGGUUCAUCGACAUCUUGUGCCACAGGAGUGUUCCUCAGCUAAGACAGACUCUAGUGGAAUACAAGAACAUAAGCAAAAAGACUCUGCAGGAGAGCAUCGAGGGUGAAAUGUCCGGGAACCUCGAGGAGCUUCUGGUGGCUGUAGUCAAAUGUGUGAAGAACGUCCCGGCGUACCUCGCAGAGAGGCUUUUCGAGAGCAUGAAGGGUUUAGGGACCACAGAGUCCACACUGACCCGGAUACUGGUCAGCCGCUCCGAAAUAGACUUGUUGGACAUUCGAGCGGAGUUCAAGAAGCUGUUUGGAUAUUCGCUCUACUCGAAACUGGAGAGUGAAGUGUCAGGCAGCUACGGUGACACCCUGAAACAUCUGUCCGGCCAAGACUAACGCCCUCAAAAUUCCUGCAAUGACAAAUAGCAGUCAGCUGGGAAGCGAUAAGGGACUUUUUCCAAUAAAAGGAAUCGUCCGACAGACCACAAACUGAAAGGAAUGUGGAAUUUGAGCUAUUUUGUUAAACCCGACAAACCACAAGAACUUAAGUGCAUUUCCCGUUGCGGUGACUGACAACUGGUACUGAACACUUCUUCUUUCUUGUCCGUUUGUGGAAACGGUUCAAUAAAGACUACACCAAGACAUUUAUGUAGAAAAAGUUUUAUUUAAGGCUUUUGUUCAAGUUGCUGUAACCGACGCCGACGCACGUCAUCAGGACUUUAUCGCCGCCUUUGCGUUCAUCCUCUAAAGGUUUGCGGACUUCAAUUUUAAACAUGAUCUGGAAAAAAUCUCGGAUGUGUCUCAGAAACUCAAUCCUGUGGAGAGAGAACAAAGAGAUCAUUAAUUAGGGAAGGAGAAGUGUUGCACAACCCAUUUUAUUUUUUUAACAAAAUCUAGAAUGGUUGCUACAUGUGUUUUGAGUUUAAAUGCUAUAUUUUUUUUCAGAACAGUCCCACAGGAUACUCGUAUCAUUUUUGGGCUAAAUAGUGCAACAUGGCCCCUGGCCCCAUUUUUUUCUCCCUCCCUCAAUCACCACCCAUUCUCCUCCAUGCGUAACUGCUCACCCCUUCCCUCUCUGCUCGCAGAAAUUGGUGAUUGGUUAGUGACCAGUCAAGCGUGUACCCCACCUAUCGGCCAAAAUCAGCUGUGAUGGGCUUCAGUCACAUCCAAAUAUCAGAAUACCUGUUCAAUCAUAAUUCUGUCUAUUAAACCUUAAACAUCAAGCUUUACCGACGCUACGUCGCCCGUGCAGACAGGGUGUGGUAAAAAGAGCAACACAGUCCAUGCUAAUAUUAGUGACGACGCUAGUAUUUUAGGAAGUAUAACACACAGGGUAAAAUGUAAUUCUUUCAUAAUAUUCCUGUCAAAAAAUACAAAUUGAAGCUUGAUGUCAGGCGUCUGGACGAAGUGGCGUGUAUAGCGAUGGCACCGCCAAUCUUCAGUUAUCAUAGUACUGUACUUGAGAGCAACACAGCACCGGUACCAUGAUAACUGAAAAUGGACAGUUCAUGGUUCAGUCCUGAAACGCUUCCACCAUUACGGAGUUUGUUUUUUUUUGGGUGUCUCAUAGUUGAAUAAUAACUAAAUGGGGAAAGUGUGCUGCAGCCAUCCAAAUGUUUAUGACUAAACCGAGUGCCAGCUCGUCUUCACGUUGGGUGUUGGAAUGGCUUACGUGUACGGCGAGAGGGGUCCGAGCAAAAGCUUCGACACGUCCUGUUGGCCAAGGGUCAUCAGGAGCAGCGCCAGGCUCUGAUUGGACGAAUCAACGCAGCCGCCCUGCAAACACAAAGGGGGACCACCAUGUGUUUGUCUACUCUGUAAUGUACGUCACAGAGACGGAGAUGUUUGGACCCGUGACGGAGCGGCGACUCCGACGCAGCGAGUCUUAUCACCCCUGAAGAGUGGAAAAAGUGAAACGACCCAGUGGUUAGAGUUUGCAACUUUUUUAAAACGGAGACAAUAGGGCUACAACUAGCGAUUAUUUUAAUAAUUCUUUUGUUCGUUCUUAGCAUAAUCUUCUGAUGAAAAAAUUGUUUCCACCACACGUAUUCAAAAACAUGAGAAUUUAGU